AUUGUACGAGCUGUCGUCAAGGCGACCGGUGGCCUUCUCUCCCAGCGCCGAGAUGGGCCUCACAGAUAUCGAGAUGGCCCACAACUGUGACGUCGACGAUCCCUACUUUGAUGACAGACAAUACGAGAUGGUUUACGAGGAAGUGGUCUUGCGGCGAGCCUGCAGUCAGGAAAAGCUGGGCCUGACCUUGUGUUACGGAUCUCUGGAGGACGAGCUCACAGAAAUCUUCAUCAGCGAGGUGGACCCUUGCAGUAUAGCUGGCAGAGAUGGCCGAAUCAGAGAGGGUGACCAAAUUGUACAGAUAAAUGGUGUGGACGUCCGCAGCCGCUCUGAGGCCAUUUCCUUGUUUUCUGGCAAAGGUGCAGACAUCUCAUUGACAGUGGCUCGCCCGCAGCUAGAGUUUGAUGAUGGCUACAUGGAAGAGCCCAACACAGUACUGGAUGACCUGCACAUGGAGUUGCUGGAGAAGAAUCACCAUGACAACAUGCAGUUCAUGGCCUCCAUGCUGGCAAGGAAUCGGGCUGACGAAGAGGGCGGAGCCACAGACACAACUGCAACAGAAACCUCCUCCCAGAGACACGAGAAAGACAGUGGGUUUGGGCGUACUGAUGAGAGUACCAGAAAUGAAGAGAGCUGUGAACAGGUUGAGUACCAAGAUCUCUUGGACAAUCAGCUCUGGAAACAGCAGCACUUGGCGUUGUUAGGUCAUCCAGAAGCUCUUCGUGAGGACAGCCAGAGAAACACCAGAAUUGUUCCCCGCAUGGGCACACGCCUAGAGUACUCCAAACAUCUUUUAGACUCUGCCUUCAUGAGAAAAUCUGCACAUGUGACUUCCAAUUCUGGAAAUAUUACUAUGAAUGUCAACAAUAAUACUGCAAACAAUCUGGGCCCAGGAAAAAGUUAUGUUGGCGGUAAUGGUUCUGUUGUUACAUCAUCCAUCUCAUCAACAAUGUCCUCAGUUCGAGGUAUGUACACCGAAUUCAGUUCCAACACAAACACAAGCUCCAGCUCAGCUAAAAGUUUGGGUGUGUGCGACAAGGAGCGAGACUUGUGGACUACAACAAGUGCAUACAACACGGGGGAAUCAUGCCGCAGCACGCCUCUAACCCUCGAACUCAACCCUGCCUCACAGGAACUCAGCGAGCAGCCAGGUAUUAGUGGUUCUCUGCUGUGUUUAGCCACACCUUCUAGUGGCUCAUCAGGACUUAUCUCCAGUGACACAGAAAAGCAGACGCAAACACUCACCACCCCCCGGGAUUAUUCCAGUGAGGACAGUGGCCAUGGUCACCCUAAAGGGUCUAGCUCAUCUCAUACCAUCAGAGCCGUGAGCAUCGCUGAAAGCAUGAAGGCAGGGCUGAUCCACCAGGCACACAUGGGGGAGUCCCUGCAGGACUUGUACCUCCGCUGUGCUGACGUCAUGUACACGAACCGUGCCAACCUGCAACACACAAUGGCCGUCCAGCAGAAGCUGUUUCAACAGCAGCUAGAACAGCAGUCCCGCCUGCGAGGUCACGUCAAAUCGCCAGGACAUUCUAACCCAGGAAGUGGUAAUGAUGUUGCUGGCGAUGGUUUGAAAAAUCUCCCUGGCCAAACAGUGCCAUCUGACAGUGGUCAGAUGGAGUGGGUGGUCAAACGGCGGCCAGAUGGUACUCGAUACAUCACCCGCCGCCCUGUCAGGAGUAAACUUCUCAAAGAAAGAGCAAAGAAAAUCAGCGAGGAAAGGUGCGGGCUGACCACCGAUGAUGACGCCAUGUCAGAAAUGAAAACUGGACGCUACUGGUCAAAAGAAGAUCGCAAGCGCCACCUAGAGAAAGCUAAAGAUUACAAAAAGAAAAAAGAGCUACUGGUUAAAGCCAAGUUGGAAACAUUAAAAGAGACAGAAGAGAAAAAAGAAGUCAACAUCGUUGAACUAAGUCACAGAAAGAUGAUGAAGCAUAAAGGAAAGAAAGUGUUUGACAAUUUCACAACCGUCAAAGAAAUGUUAGCCCAUGGAAACAAAGUUGGAGAGGGAAAACAGUACAAUCCCCUUCUUUCAGUGACCACUGUUUGA